GAGACAUGGUUUGUAACACUUGUGGACAGACACUCUGCAAGGCUUUGUAGUCUUCGUGGUGAUGUCACAAUCAGCUAGGAAACAAUGAAUUGCAGUGAUCCUUACUCACCUGAAUUGUCUUAUUUGACUGUUCUGUAAAACACAGGGAGACAAAACGGUGUCCAUAUAGAAUAUGUUGUUUCAGUGUCUGCGGAGACACUGGAUAUUUAAUUAAUACUAUGGAACAUCAAAACAAUCCAAAUCACGUUAGUACUUUUGCACUCAGUGCAAACACUAUGCAUGAAACUUUGUCUAAAAUUCCUUAGGUAUUUUACAUCUAUUUAAAUUCUAAACCAUUGUUUAAACCAAUACCACAAAACACAUGUUUACUGUGCUUAUGAAUAGGCACUUCUGGUGGACUUAUUCUUCUACAACCAUUGUCCUAGAAUUUUUAGCGAUCUGUCAUUUCAGUUUAGCUGGGGGUGUUUGGUGAUUUAGCUUUCAUGGUUUUAGGAAUCAGCACUACAGUGCAUAAUAUAUUGCCAGGAACAGGAACCCAAUGAUGGCCCGGUACCCACACAUUUCCACGGCUAUAUAAAAAGAAGGCCAACCCAGAUGUUCUAUUGUUUGCUGAGGACUGAGCAGAAGUGAGAAUUUACUGUAAUCAGUCUGGAGCGUUUCUAUGGUGAGGACACUCGACCAUUAAGUUUGUUUCAGCAAAUACAGGAAGGACAGCAAUGGCAGUCCUGAGGGCCACCCUUUGCGCUGUCCUCAUGGUGACUCUAGUGACAGCUAAACCAGUCCAUCUGAAAGAAAGUGAGGAUUCACCCAAGUCAUCAGAGUCCAGUGAAUCCAGUUCAUCAGAAGAGACCACCACUAAUGAUAGGUCUUCACAGGAAACCCUGCAGUCAAAUACGCCGGAUGCUACAGAGAACCCCCUGGAUGCAGCACCGCUUCCCUCUGCAGAUGCAGGACCUUCUCUGGCCACUUCUCCUGAAGACCCACAAACCUCUGCUGACCCAGAUGCUUUACAACUUGUGCCAGAUCCGUCUCAUACUGCGAUGAGCGUUGAUGUUUCUUUAGAUGUGCCCAAUUCUGGUCCCACAAAGGACUCUGUUAACGCUGUUAACCCUACCCACAUUCUACCAAACACGCAUCCUUCAGGGCUUUCAGAGACUGGUGUAGUCAUAGGUACAAUUCAACCACAAGUCAUUACCACAUACCAAGGAUCCACCCAGGGUGUCACUCCACCCUUUCCUACAUGUGUCAUCCAACCAACACCUACAGCCCCACCACUGAUACUCCCUAUUGGAACAACACUAGAUGGUGGUCCUGUCUGUUUCACUUUCCAGGUCACAACUGCUGAGCCAGAUCCACCUAGAGGAGACAGCAUUUGAUCCCCAACAGAACACAGAAAUUGUUGUUCAUUUAAGUUUGAGUUCAGCCUAGGUGACCAGGACAGACCACACUAUGGCUGUACAUAUACACAACCUUGACUUGAUACUUAUAUAGAUGUCCUAACUACACAUGGCUUUUACUUUGCCCUCAACCUUGGCAAAUAGGGGGGAAAAAAUGGUGCUAAUGUAUAUGCUGUAUAUAUACAAUAAACACAUCUAAAGCUGUUGCAAUAACAAAAGUACAGUCACAAUAAAUAAAUUAAUAAACAGCUGAAAAUUAAACUGAUUAAAUGUUUGUCUCAA